AUGAUUUCAAAUUGUGUGAUUGGAAUUUUUAACAGAGACCUUAUUAUUAUUAUUAUUUGUUUUGUAAAGUAUUGUAUAAAUUAUUUAUUUACAGUUAAGUUUCUAGAAAUGAUUAAACCCUUUUGCGGGGUUUUACCUGAAAUAGCAAAACCAGAAAGACAAAUACAAUUUAGGGAAAAAGUAUUAUGGACAGCUAUAACAUUAUUUAUUUUCUUAGUUUGCUGCCAAAUUCCAUUAUUUGGUAUUAUGAGUUCAGAUUCAGCUGAUCCAUUUUAUUGGAUUAGAGUUAUAUUAGCUUCAAACAGAGGAACACUCAUGGAACUUGGAAUAUCACCCAUUGUCACAUCUGGGCUUAUAAUGCAAUUGUUGGCGGGAGCGAAAAUAAUCGAAGUCGGUGAUACUCCUAAAGAUAGAGCACUUUUUAACGGAGCUCAAAAAUUGUUUGGAAUGGUUAUAACUGUUGGUCAAGCAAUAGUUUAUGUAAUGACUGGAAUGUAUGGAGAUCCGAGCGAAAUUGGAGCUGGAGUUUGUAUGCUCAUCAUCAUUCAACUUUUUGUAGCUGGUCUCAUUGUUCUAUUAUUAGAUGAAUUGUUACAAAAAGGUUAUGGUUUAGGAUCAGGGAUUUCAUUAUUUAUAGCGACAAAUAUUUGUGAAACAAUCGUUUGGAAAGCUUUUAGCCCUGCUACAGUUAACACAGGAAGAGGUACAGAAUUUGAAGGAGCUGUUAUCGCUUUGUUUCACUUAUUGGCUACAAGACAAGACAAAGUUAGAGCUUUGAAAGAAGCUUUUUACAGGCAUAAUUUGCCUAAUUUGAUGAAUUUACUCGCUACUAUUAUGGUUUUUGCCAUAGUUAUUUACUUCCAGGGUUUCAGAGUAGACUUGCCAAUUAAGUCUGCCAGAUACAGAGGUCAAUACAGUUCAUACCCAAUAAAACUUUUUUACACUUCAAACAUACCCAUCAUAUUGCAAUCAGCUUUGGUUUCUAAUUUAUAUAUUAUUUCACAGAUGUUGGCAGUUAAAUUUCAAGGGAAUUUACUUGUGAACUUAUUGGGAGUUUGGGCCGAUGUCGGAGGCGGCGGUCCCGCUCGUGCUUAUCCUGUGGGAGGAUUGUGUUAUUAUUUAUCACCGCCAGAAAGUAUGGAACACAUAUUAGAAGACCCCAUUCAUGCUCUUCUCUACAUUGUCUUCAUGUUAGGUUCUUGUGCCUUUUUCAGUAAAACAUGGAUUGAAGUUUCUGGUUCUUCUGCUAAAGAUGUUGCCAAACAACUUAAAGAAAGACAAAUGGUUAUGAGGGGACAUAGAGAUUAUUCGAUGGUUAAAGAACUCAAUAGGUACAUUCCAACAGCAGCAGCUUUUGGAGGUCUUUGCAUUGGAGCUCUCUCAGUUUUGGCCGAUUUCCUAGGAGCAAUCGGUUCAGGUACAGGUAUUCUUUUGGCUGUCACAAUUAUUUAUCAAUAUUUUGAAAUAUUUGUUAAAGAACAAAAUGAAAUGGGAGGUAUGAGCACAUUGCUAUUCUAA